AUUGAAAUUUAAUCUAUAACGAUGGCAUGAACACUUUUUCCUACGUUGCUGUUGACUGAAACAUUGGAUAUAAUUUGCAAAUUAAUCGAACAGCAACUAAUAUGCGAUAUUUUAACAACAUUUAGCAAUUAUUUCUUUCUAUAAUUCUGCCGCUAAAUUUUAACGUGCACUACCUUGAUUCUAAUAUCAAAUAUCAAAUCGAUAUUUGGGCAUUUGUGUGCGUUUGAAUUGAUAUGCGCCAAACACUCUUUGCAAAGUCACCAUGCAGAUAACAUACUUAUCUCUCGCUCUUUAUUUUCUGUUCAUUUACGCGGGAUUCGAUGGUGCUUUUGCCGGUACUAACUUUAAGUACAUCAGAAGUGGGGAUUUAGAAGGACAUACCUGUCCAGCUGACCAGACUAUUUUCGAAGAUAAAGGAAGUGUUGCACAAUGUUUAUCGAUGUGUUCUGAAAUAUCCACGUGUUUUGGCGUGUUCAGACAGCCGCAGAACAGCCAUUGUUUAGGAUGCAAGGACAGGUUUUUGACAAGCGACAAAGCUCCCUUACUGAAUGGAACACAAUAUUAUAGGCGCCAGACGUACAGAUUUGUUGAGGAAGGAAAGACAUGGUAUGAGGCUAAGAACUAUUGUGAGAAAUUAGGCGGACGUUUAGCAGACAUACAAACAAUAGAAGAAGAAAAGUUUAUAGAAGGAAACGUUAUUUCGGACGAUAAAGAAAUCUGGCUGGGUGCAACAGAUGAGGAAAAUGAGGGAACAUUCCUCUGGCAAGACGGAACCAAAGUUUCUGAUGCUUAUGACAACUGGGGACCAAACCAACCAAAUGGUGUGAAUUUUGGAGCUGUUGCGCAUUGUAUGCAAUUCUGGUUUGAAGGCGGGAAAUGGACAUGGAAUGAUGCAGCUUGUAGUAAAUAUAUACCAAGCGUAUGUGAAUUCUACUGAUACCACAGUGCUGGAUGGUUUCGAUUCUAUUACUCAUUGAAAACUUUGAUAAUUUAAACACUACCUUACAUCUUUUCUUGUGGCUUGUCUUUUACUGGAUGGUCAGCUAUACUUUCACUUAGAAACUCUUACAUGUGGUCCGCCCAAGAAGUUUAUUAGAUGGAGACCAAGAUAUCCAAUCAGAAGAUCAUUAAAUAUUAUGUUUGUAUCCCGGCCGAGGCAGUUAUUUUGUUCAGUUUGACUUUUACCCUUGGUUGUGUGGGGACUUUCUCAGGCGCUUGCGAAGAACAGGUUACGACUAGUAAGGAACUGAAGAGCGAAGAAACACCAGAAAUUUGAGCUGAUUUCUACUUUACCACAGCCUGACACGUUUUAUAGCAGUGUGCUUUGUAAUCCGAGAAGCAAACUAAGGCACGUUUCCGAUUUCUGGUGUUGCUAAUUAUUGUUUAUCUUUUUUCUUCGUAUAAUGUUACUCAAAUGUAAGGAACCUAUUUUAGUAUAGUUAUAAGGUUCUAAACUAAAAUUGUGAAUGUUAAUAUGUAAAGCAGAUGUUGUAUUUAAAUGAGAGCGUUUACGACAAAAACAGUGUGUUUGUAUAUUCAUUACAGUUUUAGAUUUUAAUCAUUCUGUCAUCAAUUUGCAGAUAUGCUAAAGUAUUGGUUGCAUAAUCGCUGUUUACAACGGUACAAAGCUUGACUGUAUCGUUAUAAAGUCAUUAUGAAAAUACAUUUUAUCUUUUUAUCAAUUUGAUUUGGAAAUAUAGGAGUGCAAUGUUA